AUGAUGGGAAGGAAUUUGAUGAGUUUCCUCGGCCUUUUGUUACUAUGCUGCAUGCAUGGUUAUUUAGCAGCUGAUGAUCAAUCUGCUCUUUUGGCUUUCAAGUCUCAAAUAACUUCUGAUCCCUUUGCAGUUUUAGCCAAAAACUGGACACAUGGCACUUCAUUUUGCAACUGGAUUGGCAUUUCUUGCAGUAAAAGGCAUCAUGAAAGAGUGACAAAAUUAGUCCUGAGAAGCUUUAGAUUUAGAGGUUCAAUAGCAAAAGAAAUUGGGAACCUCUCCUUCCUUAGUUUUUUGGAUAUUGGAAACAAUACAUUCCAUGGCCAAAUCCCUGAUGAAAUCGGAGGUCUGAGGCAUUUAAAAUACUUGUCUUUGCAAAUGAAUAAUCUCAGUGGCGAAAUCCCCGGGAGCCUUGGGAACCUUAACAUGAUUGAAAUGCUGGAUCUUUCUGGUAAUGAUUUAUAUGGACAUGUUCCUUUGGCCAUCUUUAAUAAUGUCUCUUUCUUAAGGAUUAUGGAUUUGGGACAAAAUAGGAUUAGUGGGAAUCUCCCAAGGGCGUUUUGUACUAAGUUUCCAAAUCUACAAGGUUUAUCCGUCUCAAAUAAUCAAUUAGUAGGCCAAAUUCCAAGUGGGCUGAACCAAUGCACGCAACUUGUUUAUCUUUCCUUGUCAUAUAAUCAGUUCACAGGAAGUUUGCCGAGAGACAUGUGGAAUUUGGCAAAACUUCAAGAUUUAUUUCUUGCUGGGAAUAACCUUACAGGAAAUAUUCCAAGUGAAAUAGAGAACCUCUCAUCAAUUCGGAGAUUGAGUCUUUUCAGAAACCAGUUGGUUGGAACACUGCCACCAUCUCUUGGAAAUUUGUCAACUCUAGUGAUGAUAGACAUUAGUGACAAUAAUAUUCAUGGUAAUAUUCCUCCAGACCUAGGACAUAUUUCUAGUCUUGAAGAACUAUAUCUUGGAUCUAACAUGCUAUCAGGUGAUGUUCCUCUUGGAAUUUUCAACAUUUCAUCACUAAAAGUAAUAGCACUUGCGGCAAAUACUCUGUCUGGUAAACUUCCUUCAAACUUAGCAUAUAGCCUCCCAAAUCUUGAGGGACUUUAUCUUGGCAUAAACAAAUUUAGUGGUACACUUCCUAGCUCAAUCUCAAAUGCCACUAAGCUCAAUUUUCUUGAUCUUGGAAGGAACAUGUUUAGUGGAAAUGUACCAAUUGAUCUUGGAAUAAAUCUCCAGCAGAUUCAAAGCAUCAACUUGCAGAGGAAUCAGUUCACAAAUGAUCUUUCUACGGGCGAAUUGAAUUUUCUAAAUUCCCUCUCACAUUGCAAGUUCUUGAAAUUUUUAAUGAUAGGAGACAACCAGUUUAAUGGCAGUCUUCCGAAAUCAUCCUUAACAAACUUAUCGCUGUCUCUUGAGAGGUUCGUUGCCUAUAACUGUGGAAUCAGGGGGAAAAUCCCAGUUGGAAUUGGUAAUUUAACUAACUUGUCGUGGUUAACACUGGGAGCCAAUGAGUUGAUUGGUUCAAUUCCUCAAGAAUUGGGAAACUUGAAAAAGUUGCAAACUUUGAGAAUGUAUGAGAACAAAUUAGAUGGGAUCAUACCUGAAAGCUUAUGCAAUAUCAAAGAAUUAUACUAUUUGGACUUGAGAAGAAAUCAGUUUUCAGGGCAAAUAUUAGGGUGUUUGGGGAAUAUUUCUUCGUUAAGAAAUAUUUAUUUGGAUUCGAAUUCUUUAAGUUCAAAUAUUCCGUUAAAUUUUUGGAGCAACAAAGACAUUUCAAUAGUGAGUUUGUCCUUCAAUCAGUUAAGUGGUCCAUUGGCGUUGGAGAUUGGAAAUAUGAGGGGUUUAAUUGAGUUAUAUCUAUCAGGAAAUCAGUUGUUUGGUCAAAUUCCAAGCACUAUUGGACAACUUCAGAAUUUGGUAAAUCUUUCAUUAGAUAUAAAUAGGUUAGAUGGUGCUAUACCUAAGUCAUUUGAAAAUUUGGUCAGCUUGGAAAACUUGGAUCUAUCGCACAACAAUUUAUCAGGCCAAAUUCCUAUGUCAUUGGCAAAGCUUGAGCACCUCAUCCAUCUGAAUGUCUCUUUCAAUGAACUAUCUGGUGAAAUUCCAGAUGGAGGACCUUUUUGGUAA